AUGGCGGCACACGGCUCCAACGGUGAAGCCACAGUCGGCUCUGGAGAGCCCAGACAAAAGGGCAGGGCCACGCCAGAGACAAUCAGAAUAGGAUGCAUUGCUAUGGUAAACAAGGAGGGCGUCCCUCGCCGAGCCGAAAUUCUUAGUAUAAAAGAAACGAAGAGCGGACGUCAAUUCUACUGCAACUUCGACAACUUCAACAAGCGUCUCGACGAGUGGGUGCCGACCUCCCGCAUCGACUUUGACCAAGAUGUCGAGUGGCCGAACCCGGACAAGGACAAGCCUAAGGAUGCAAAGACUAAGAAGGGCACGGCGACGUCUAAGAAAGCGCAACCCGCCAAAAAGUCUCAGAAGAGACCCGCAAAGAGAGAACAAUCUGCGCCCUCCGAGGCCACGACACCGCACCCAUGGACCGAGUUCGUCGAGUCGCAAAGCCAGAAGAUGACCCCCGCAGCCGAAGAAAGUCAGGCACAAACCCCCGCGACGGGUGAGGCGAGCGCGACACCAGCGGCUGUCGGUGACGAGAUGGACAUCGAUGGAGACGACGGAGAUCAGAAGGAGGAACUUGGUGGCUUCAGCCGCGAAAAGGAGAUUGAGAAGCUUAGGACGCAUGGUUCCAUGACGCAGAACCCUGCCGAGAUUUCGCGAAUCCGAAAUAUUUCUAAAGUGCAAUUCGGCAGGAAUGACCUGUUCCCGUGGUACUUCUCACCGUACCCAGAGGUCUUCAACCAGGAGGACGUUAUAUACAUCUGCGAGUUCUGCCUCGGGUACUACGGCGACGAAAAGGCAUUUUCAAGACACCGACGCAAGUGUACCUUGCAACACCCUCCUGGAAACGAGAUCUACCGGGACGACUCUGUUUCGUUCUUCGAGAUCGACGGCAGGCGGCAGCGGACAUACUGCCGCAACCUGUGUCUACUUUCCAAGAUGUUUCUGGACCACAAGACACUUUACUACGAUGUGGAUCCCUUUUUAUUCUACGUGAUGGCUAGUCGGGACGACAAAGGCUGCCACAUUAUCGGAUACUUCUCAAAAGAAAAAGAGAGUGCAGACGGCUACAACGUUGCUUGUAUUCUGACGUUACCGCAGUACCAGCGGAAAGGCUACGGUCGCUUGCUCAUUCAAUUCUCGUACGAGUUAUCCAAGAUCGAGGGCAAGCUCGGCUCGCCAGAAAAGCCGCUCUCUGACUUGGGUUUGCUGAGUUAUCGACAAUAUUGGGGUGAGAAUAUUCUAGAUCUGCUGGUGGGAUAUAACGAGCGCGAGGAAAAGGCGACGAUUGAAGCCAUCUCAUCGCAGCUGGCCGUCAUUCCCCAGGAUGUGGAACACACUCUCCAAGCGCUUAAGAUGCAGGUUUAUCAUAAGGGAGAGCACAAGAUUGUGAUUCCUGAGAAGCUCAUCCAGCAGCGCGAGAGGCAAAAGGUGAAGCAGAAGCGUCUCAUUGAUCCUAGUAGGAUUCAAUGGAAGCCUCCGGUGUUCACUGCUUCUACAAGAACGUGGGGAUGGUAA